CGCGAGCCGCCUCUACGCCCCCUUCGGUUAACCACCCGCCCCCUGCGAGAUUGAGUUCUCGCGAUAUUUGUUUGGACCCUCGCGGGAUUUGGCGUGGCACUGGGAAGCCGGGCAAGGGGAGGUGUCGUUCCGUUACGGACCUUGGCCUGUUGUGGCGGUGGCAGUGCUUUCUCCUCUGCUAACUGGGGGGCUGUUCAGUCUGGAGGCCAACCAGCUCUUGCAGCCACCUCGGUCGCGAUGGGGGCGCAGGACCGGCCGCAGUGUCACUUCGACAUCGAGAUCAACCGGGAGCCGGUUGGUCGUAUUAUGUUUCAGCUCUUCUCAGACAUAUGUCCAAAAACAUGCAAAAACUUCCUUUGCCUGUGCUCAGGGGAGAAAGGCCUUGGGAAAACAACUGGGAAGAAGUUAUGUUAUAAAGGUUCUACAUUCCACCGUGUGGUUAAAAACUUUAUGAUUCAGGGUGGGGACUUCAGUGAAGGUAAUGGAAAAGGUGGAGAAUCAAUUUAUGGUGGAUAUUUUAAAGAUGAAAACUUUAUUCUCAAACAUGACAGAGCGUUCCUUUUGUCAAUGGCAAAUCGAGGGAAACAUACCAAUGGUUCCCAGUUUUUCAUUACUACAAAACCUGCUCCACACCUGGAUGGGGUGCAUGUUGUCUUUGGGCUGGUUAUUUCUGGUUUUGAAGUUAUUGAACAAAUUGAAAAUUUGAAAACUGAUGCUGCAAGCAGACCUUAUGCAGAUGUGCGAGUCAUUGACUGUGGGGUGCUUGCCACAAAAUCAACAAAAGAUGUUUUUGAGAAAAAAAGGAAGAAACCAACACAUUCAGAAGACUCGGGUUCCUCUUCCAAUUCCUCUUCCUCUUCAGAAUCAUCUUCAGAAAGUGAAAUUGAACAUGAGAGAAGCAGAAGAAAGAAGCAUAAGAGGAGGCCAAAAGUUAAACAUUCUAAAAAGAGACGAAAGGAAGCAAGCAGUUCAGAAGAGCCGAGGAGUAAACGUAUAAUGAGCCCCAAAAGUCACCCUGAGAGGAGUGAUACCAGUGAAAAAAGGUCAGUUGAAUCAAAUGCUAAAAGGGAAAAGCCUGUUGUCCGCCCAGAAGAGAUUCCUCCAGUACCUGAGAACCGAUUUUUACUAAGAAGAGAUAUGCCUAUUGUCACUGUGGAGCCUGAACCGAAGAUUCCAGAUGUUGCACCCAUUGUAAGUGAUCAGAAACCAUCUGUAUCAAAGUCUGGACGGAAGAUUAAAGGAAGGGGCACAAUUCGCUAUCACACACCUCCAAGGUCAAGGUCCUGUUCUGAGUCAGAAGAUGAUGACAGCAGUGAAACUCCUCCUCAUUGGAAAGAGGAAAUGCAGAGAUUAAGAGCAUACAGACCACCAAGUGGAGAGAAAUGGAGUAAAGGAGAUAAGUUAAGUGACCCCCGUUCAAGCCGAUGGGAUGAAAGAAGCAUGUCCCAGAGAUCCAGAUCAUGGUCCUAUAAUGGAUAUUAUUCAGACCUUAGUAUAGCAAGACACUCUGAUGGUCACCAUAAAAAACGCAGAAAGGAAAAAAAGGUUAAGCAUAAAAAGAAAGCUAAAAAGCAGAAGCAUUGCAGAAGACACAAACAGACUAAGAAGAGAAGGAUUGUUACACCAUCUGACGCAGAAUCCUCAAAAUCUUCCACUCACCGAAUAAAGUCUUCGUGCGAUAGAGAAAGGAGAUCUCAGUCUUCCUCUUUGUCGUCUCAUCACUCAUCAAAGAGGGACUGGUCUAAAUCUGACAAGGAUGACCAGAGCUCUUCAACCCAUUCCAGCAGAGACUCCUACAGAUCAAAGUCUGUCUCACGGUCAGAUUCUAGAGGAAGCUCCAGAUCAAGGACUGUAUCCAAAUCCUCAUCACAUUCUCAAAGUAGAUCAAAGUCCAGAUCUAGUUCCAAGUCAGGGCACCAAAGGUCAGCAUCAAAAUCACCAAGAAGAGCAUCAUGUCAAUUAGGUGAAAAUAAACCAGUUAAAACAGAACCUUUAAGAGCAACAGUACCACAAAAUGGAAACGUAGUAGUACAGCCAGUAGUGGCAGAAAAUAUUCCUGUAAUACCAUUGAGUGACAGUCCCCCGCCUUCAAGGUGGAAGCCUGGACAGAAGCCCUGGAAGCCCUCCUAUGAGCGAAUUCAGGAAAUGAAAGCUAAAACAACCCAUUUGCUGCCCGUCCAGAGCACUUACAGUUUAGCAAAUACUAAAGAAACUGGAAGCUCAUCAUCCUACCAUAAAAGAGAAAAAAACUCAGAAAGUGAUCGGAGUGCUUACUCAAAAUACAGUGAUAGAAGUUCCAGAAGUUCACCAAGGUCAGGCAGCAGGUCUUCUAGGAGUAGAUCUUAUUCUAGAUCAUAUACAAGGUCAAGGUCACGUAGUCUGGUGAGUUCACAUUCAAGGUCUAGGUCUCCAUCAUCUAGAUCUCAUUCACGAAAUAAGUACAGUGAUCAUUCACAGUACAGUAGAUCAUCCUCAUAUACUUCUGUUAGCAGUGAUGAUGGAAGACGAGCCAAGAGGAAAUUUAGAUCCAGUGAGAAAAAAAGUAACACUUCAAAUAAAAGGCACAACAGCACCUCUGAAAAGACACUUCGUUGUAAAUAUGUCAAAGGUAGAGACAAGACUUCACGUCACAGAAAGUACAGCGAAAGCAGGUCGUCUUUAGAUUAUUCUUCAGAGAGUGAACAGUCAAGCCUUCAUGUUACACAGGAAAAAGAGAAGCAGGGCAAAAUGGAAGUAAUGAAUAAGAAGCAGGAAAAAAGCAGAGACAAAGAGAAAUCCAAGCCUGAACAAGAAUGCCCUCGUUCAAAAAAAAGAACUUUGAAAGAGAAUCUUUCUGAUCACUUUAGACAUGGCAGUAAGCCCAAAAAGAAGAAUUAUGCUGGCAGUAAAUGGGACUCUGAGUCAGAUUCAGAGCGAGAUGUAACUAAAAACAGUAAAAAUGAUUCCCGGCGGUCUUCUGAUAAAGAGGAAGGUGAGGCCACAUCAGAUUCUGAAUCAGAGGUUAGUGAAAUUCACAUCAAAACCAAACCCACAACAAAAUCUUCAGCAAAUCCUUCACUGCCUGAUGAUGACAGUGCUUGGAAAUCUGGUAAACAUCAGUCCUCAACUUCUGAUUCGGAGGGAUCCUAUUGCAAUUCAGAAAACAACAGAGGAAAGCCACGGAAGCACAAACAUGGUUCAAAGGAAAGUCUUAAAAAGGAACACACCAAAAAAGUGAAAGAGAAAUUGAAAGCCAAAAAAGACAAAAAGCACAAGGCUCCAAAACGAAAACAAGCAUUUCAUUGGCAGCCUCCACUAGAGUUUGGUGAAGAAGAAGAAGAAGAGAUGAAUGAAAAACAAGUUACUCAGGAGACAAAAGAGAAAAAACAAAUUUCUGAAAACAGUGAAAUCAUAAAAGAUAAUAUUCUAAAAACUGAGAAAUCUUGUGACCAGGGCAGCCUUUCAGGUAAACAUAAUAAAGUGACUAUUUCUGAUCUUGAUCAACUUGCUAAAGAUGAUACUAAGCCUAGCACUUGUCCUGCAGCUUUAAAUACUGAGGAAAAUGUCACCAGUUCUCCCCCAAAGACUCACCAUAUUGAACAAAGUGUUCCAAGCAGAGUGGAAGAUGUGCUUCAAACAGAUGAUAACAUGGAGAUUUGCACUCCUGAUAGGAGUUCCCCAGCAAAGGUAGAGGGGGCUUCCCCGCAAGCAGAUUCAAGGCUUGACACCCCAGAGAUAAACACUGUUCUAAAGCAGGAUGUGCACGUGGAACAUUCUGAAGCAGAGGGAGUAAAACCAGAAAGCAGCGUGUCUGAAAGCAGCAAAACGAUAGAGGAAGUAGGGAAACAGGAGAGUAGCUCUGCCAGCUUGCCCAGUGCUGCAGAAAGUACUGGGAAGAAGGAGGUGGUUGAGAAGAGCCAGCUCAACCUUCCAGAUAAUAAGUGGAAACCGCUGCAAGGUGUGGGGAAUCUAACAGCAUCUGCUACCAUGUCCGGUGCUGUGGAAGGGAAGGCAUUGACUGCUAUGCCUGAAAUGAAACCACAAGGCUUGAGAAUAGAAAUCAAAAGCAAAAAUAAGGUUCGGCCAGGGUCUCUCUUUGAUGAAGUGAGAAAGACAGCACGCCUAAACCGGAGGCCAAGAAAUCAGGAGAGCUCAAGUGAUGAGCACACGCCCAGUCGGGAUGGUGAUAGCCAGUCCAGGAGUCCAAGUAGAUCUCGAAGUAAAUCUGAAACCAAGUCACGACACAGAACAAGGUCUGUCUCCUAUAGUCGCUCAAGAAGUCGAUCUAGAAGUUCCACAUCUUCUUAUCGAUCAAGAAGCUAUUCUAGAAGCCGAAGCAGAGGAUGGUACAGCAGAGGCCGAACCCGCAGUCAGAGCAGUUCAUACCGCAGUUACAAAAGUCACAGGACGUCCAGCAGGAGCAGAUCCGGAAGCAGUUCAUCUGAUCCCCACAGUCGGUCCAGGUCCUACACUUACGAUAGCUACUACAGCAGGAGUCGGAGUCGAAGCCGGAGUCAGAGGAGUGACAGUUACCACCGAGGUAGAAGCUACAACAGGCGGUCCAGGAGUUGUAGGUCUUAUGGCUCUGACAGUGAAAGUGACCGGAGUUACUCUCAUCACCGGAGCCCCAGUGAAAGCAGCAGAUAUAGUUGAACAUGGCCUUUUUUUUGGAUACAAAUUAUAUGACAAUUGUAAAUAUCUGGUAACUUAAAAGUUUAAGAAACUUAAUGGCAGCCUGUUGUUCUAUUUCAGUAUUAGAAAUGAGUUUCAAGGUGUCUUAAGUGUCACUCAUGCAUUUAUGUAUGUGUAGAAGAAUUUGAAAUAUGGAUAGGUGUCCUAGAAAUAUUUUUAUGCCACAUUUUACAGUAGCCAACUUAUACAAUAUUCAUUUUCUUGAAUCAAGAAAUUGGGAAAUUUAUGUAAAUAUAAUUUGCAAUUUUAUUGUUAGACUAUUUCUUGCAUCUCAUGUAUUCCUUAGAAUACAGAUUCUUUUUUGCCCAUUUUCAGGUUUUGGCACACAUGCUGCCAAGCAUAGAACUGUUACAGGAGACCAAACAUUUCUAUGCCAGUCACAGGCUUGUACAUGUGUGUUCUUAAAACAAACUACCCAGAACUGAUACCACUGGUAGCCAGGAGCACAGGGAAGUGGCUCUGGGUUCUUAAUUCAUACCUUUCUUCUUUGCUGUCUCAGAGGAUCAGGAAAGUGGUUAUACUGCCAUGGUCUGCAUUACUUCAGGCUGGCAGGCAAAAUUAAGAAGAAUAAAUCAGCCUUAAAUAAAAUACCUGCACUGUCUCGAAGGAGUUAAUAUUAUAUGUGCUUUUUAAUAAAGACUAUCAGAAGUUUAGGUUAUAAAAACUAUUCCAGAUCAUGCUUUGGUGCUUGGUACCUUUUGGUACCUCUUUAAGUAUUAUUCUUAAAAUACGUUAGAAUAUUGUAAGAGAGAAUAAUGAAUUUUUUUUUAUUCACUCGCACCAAAAAUGGUUUCUUCUGAGCUGUCUUCACUUUGAAUAUUGGGGGGCUUCUCAAGUCCAUGUGAUUGUUGGAGAUCUGAAGUAGGCAGGAUGACAUGACAAUUGCGGGUGGGCAACCACCCAGGUCUACUACAUGUGCGUGCUUCUGGAGCUGUGGAUUGAAGAAUGGCCUUCAAAAGUAACUCCACAGUCUUAACUGCCAUCAUCCUGCAGAGACUUUGCAGCUUUAUUUUUUUCAGUAUUCAAGUAAGGAUAUACCAUACCAGCAGUGGAAUUGUUCUAACCAGCAUGUUUUGCCUGUUUCUGCUGCGAUCCAAAGUGACUCAGCAAAGCCUUGCCUGACCUGAGUAAACCCAGGACAAGAGACAGGGGAAGAGGGGCACAGGGUACUGCAUCCAUUACAUAGUUCCAUGGCUUUGGGUAUUUCUUCUGAAAAGAAUUCAACCUGUAAAAACUAGUGUGAUUUUUUUUUUUUUUUUUUUUUUUUUUUUAGUCUUUAGUUUUAGAGUUCUUCCCCAAGUGUACUUAAUCACCUUAGUGCCAAUUUGAUCCAGUGAUGCAGAAGAAAUUGAUCCUGGAUGUUUGGUGUAGAAGUCUGCACCAUCCUGCCCAGGCCUUGUCUAGUAUAUUUAGGAAGUGGGAAAGAGCCCUCAGCUGGAGGGAUCUGACAACCCUGGACAGGUGGAAGAGGUGACAUUGCAUGUAUUAAAACUGACAUCAGGGCUGCGGGUGUGGCUCAAGUGGUAGAGCACCUGCCUGACAAGCACAAGGCCUGAGUUCAAACCCCAGUACCACCAAAAACAAAACAAAACAAAAAUUGUCAUUCAGGGGCUGGGGGUAUACAGCUCAAUGGUAGAGCACAAACCCCUGGGUUCAAUCCACAGCACCAGUAAAUAAAUAAAACUAUCACCCAUAGGAGGAAUGUAAACAGGGUGAGAAGGUUAGCUAUUUGCCAAGUCAACAGAUAGAAGUAUAUUAGAAAACAGGACCAAGUCAAAAAUCAGUACUUGAUAGUAACUACAAAACAAUGUGUGAUUCAUGUUAAGGGUUCUCAAGAGUUGCCUUGCAAAAGAAUAAUACCAUUUUAAUACAGUAGUCAGUGGGGGGAAAUGCAUUCAGAAGCUGUCAAGUUUAAUUAGGUUAAGAAAAAUUACUCUUGGGCAGUGUAUUAGUUUGUCGUUGCUGUGUAACAAAUUACCCCAAGUUUAGCAGCUUAUAACAAUACCCAUUUAUUGGUUUACGGUUCUCCAGGCGAUGGGUAUAACAUGGUACAGCUGGAUUCUCUGCUCAGAGUCUCACAAGAGCCAAGGGUUGGUAGGGCAACAUUCCUUUAUGAAGGCUCUGAGGAAGAUUUGGCUUCCAGGUUCAUUUCAGGUGGUUGACAGAAUUAGUUCCUUGCUGGCUGUUAGCUGGGGGCCUCUCUGAGCUUUAAAGGAGCCUUAACACUGCAAGAUUCCUUCUGGGAUGGUCCCCUCUCUCUUCAAAUCAGCAUUGGCCCUUUGAGUCCUUCUGUUCUAUGCUUCAACUCUCUCUGCCUUCCUCCUGUGUCUAGGGUCUAUGCGACCAACUCAAGCACCAUAAGUAAUCUCUUCAUUUAAAGCCAGUUGUGGCAUAGGGCAUGGAAGUGAGUGCAGGCGUGUUAGCUCAUCGUUUUUGCAAGUUGCAAGGGGCAGAGGGCCACGUGGAGGGGGAAGUGACAUUGUAGAAUUCUGACUACCCCAGGCAGUAACUUUGCUCAUCUCAGCUGUGGGUGGAAUUUUGCCCUGAAAAGGGAGGCUGUAGAAGCCUCACAUGUUUUCUACACAGAAAAAAAAUGGCCCUCUUCUGCAGUGUUCAACUUAUGUUUACUAACGUGAACUACAGAAAAAGUUUUUCUUCCUAAAGGGGAUUGUUCUGGGUUUUGAAGUUAUUUUUUAAUAAAAGUGAAUUAUGUUGUGUAACAUGCUUAAUAGAAAAUGCAUUAUUGGAUUGUUUCAUAACGUCCUGUUUACUGCAACCGAAAUAGCUGAUAUUCAAAAAAUGUAGAAAAUACUUUUGUACAUACUAGUGAUGUCUAAUUUGUAUCCGCUUCAGCUAAAUUUUCCUAAAACUUGAAAGGGGGACCUUGUAGAAAUUAAAAUAUGUGCUUAGUCUAAGUCUGCGUCUGUGCAUGUUUCAUCUUUCUUUGCUUACCUGGACUUGAAGCAGUCGUUCUGAAAUAGGAAAAGCAAACAUGGAGUCUCUCUGCUGCCCUAGCCAGUGAAGAGACUGUCUCUCUUCACAGCUUAUUUUCUUAAUGGAUGAGCAGGAGGUGGAGUUAGGGAGAGGACCUGGUAGAGAUUACCCACAGGGUGUGCUAUGAUGUACCAGUUCAAAACCUCCAGGUUUUGCUGUCAUCCAGACAGCACAGACGUUUGCUGAGGAGGGAGCAUGCCACAUCUUUUCUAUGAGUUGCUGCCUGGGGACAGUCCAUGUGCCUACAGCCUCCACCUUGCCCUGCCCACCUGCUGUUUACCAAGGAGUGUGGCACAUAUCACUCACCUCUAGAAAUGGUUUCAUUGGGGUAUUUUUAGCAUACACAUGAGAACUGCCAGGCAAGUACAGUUUGCUUUUUUCUCCUCGAGCUCAAAGGAAUGUAUGUUUUCUUAGUGAAUCCAACAUAACUUACCGAUACUGAGUUUUCCUAAAGUUGGUCAACUAAAAAUUGUCAAAUCUGGGUGGCAUGCUUUAAAAUGAAAAGAAAAUGCCAGAGACCAUUUGCUGGAAAAUCUCUUCAGCAAGUACUCAUGGACUUAAUUUUUGGCAAGUUCUAAGAUCUUUAUUCACAUUCUGAUAGUGAUAAGCUUCAUCAGUUGGGCAGUAUUUUGGGGUGGGGGCUUGCAAGGGCUUUUAUCUCAACUUCUGAAUUAGCUAGGCAUUGACAGCAGAUAAAGAAAUGAAAGAAUAUGCUUCUCUUAGGAGACAGAACACUGAGUGGGCAUUUCAGGAAGAGAAAGGUUUGGCUCAUAUUAGAAGCCCAGAAGAGAGUGUUCAGCCCUGAAGGAGUGUUUGGAAGCCUUGCCUCAUAGUUGAAGGGACUGGACUCAGAUUUCCAAAGACACUGGUUCUGGUGGAGGGGAUGAAUGCUGCUGCUGCCCACAGUGAGGGUGAGAGCCCGCCGUCACAGGGACUUGAGUGCUGGAAAGACCUUGGCUGGGCAGGAGUUCUUUGAUGCUGUGACAGCUGCAGACCCCACUGGAGGCCAGAGGUAUCAGAGGAGUUGCUGAAUAACCUGAAAAAAUCCCUUCUCAAGGCUGCCUGGAAGGCUCUGGUCAGUUCCUAGUUCUAGUACAUGUGAGGUAAGGAGAGCCUACUGUGGCCACACACAGGCAGGGACUUUAAUGUCCUGCUUUCUCUGGGGAUUUUGGCACAGGUAGCAGCAGUGUUCCCUCACUGUGGCCUCCCCUUCCCAGUGACUCAGCAGGCCCCCAGUGGGGUUGUGUCAAGUUUGGAGCCAGGAAGAAGUACUUCUGCUUCUUGGAGACCCCAGGCCCAUCAAGCUCUAAACUCCAGUUCUGCAGGAAGAAGCCAAGCUACACUGGGGGCACCAUCUCUCCUUAACCAGGCAGAAAGUAGUGGCCUGAGGUCUCAGGACAAACUUCUACAUUCUGCAUCUUCAGCCCUGCCCUGCCUUUGGGCCUCCGGCUGCCCAUCUGAUAGGAGGUCAGGGUCCUUAGACUGCCCUUCUCCCAGUUCAAGAGGCCUGAGAGUGUGUGUGUAACCAGUGCAAGGGUAGAUAUCUGAAGGUACUCAUUCUUUUCCAGAUCAGCCUGGACCACCCAGGGCCUCCUGCACUCAAAAUCUACCAUCAGGCCAGACUUCCAGAAAGUCUGGAAGAACCCCCAUUGACCUCAUGACCUAAUUUGAUUUGAUUUUGAAGAAAAAAAGACCUCUGCGAGGUACUGUUCUAUGGCACAUUCCUUUAGGACACUGGGCUGUACCCACAUGGCCUGGGUUCAAGUUCUAAACUUGCUUCACCUCUGCAAUUCAACCCCUUAUCUGGAAAAUGGCU